GCCAUGGCAACAGUACAUAAACGAACAGCAGUGGAGUCGGUGGUUAAUUUGUUGUGCUUAGUUAGCGCUAGCUGUGUGUCAGACGGGUUUUACGUUGCUAACUUACGCAGUAGCCUUUGUUUAUCACGAGAAACAACAACGGAGACUUAAACUUAUCGUUAGCAUGCUAUGCCAAACGCUACAUUCACCACCUCUGCAGUACUACGGCGUUUGAGAGUGCAGGUAUGAAGAAGAGAGAGACACGACAGAGUCCAUUUAAAGUGCCAGACAGCAAAAGCAUUUUUCAGCUGAAUGUAGCUGUACAAGAGGACCUUAAAGAGGAGACGCAUAAAUUCCUGGCUCUGCCGAUAUAUGAGAAGACGUCCCACGCUGCAAGAAAGAUGGCCAAGCUGAAGAUAGAGCUGAAGGGAGAACUGGAGGAGGGGGAGGAGGGGGAGGAGGGGGAGGAAAGGGAGAAAAUGAAAACUAUUAAACAUGUCAGGAGAAAUGAAGCCCUCCCCAAACAAAUGACUGGCAGACAUGAGCUGAGGACGGCCAUGAUGAAGCGAGAAAACUUUACAAAAGAGAGCAAGCAUGACUUAAUCGCCAUGGAACGGCAGAAGGCAGUGUUGGAGCUGGCCCUGAUGACGAAGAGGUCGGACAUCCUGAGGAUGGACAGGGCCAUUGCAAAAGAGGAGAAGCAGCUAAAGGAGCUCGAAAAGCUCAUUGAAAGAGACAACCUCAAAAGCGAAGAGUUCCUCAGAGAGAAUGAGAAGAAGUCUGUGGAGGCCCGCGCAUUUUAUGAACAGGAGGCCAAAUCCAAAAAGGAGAAGACUGUUGAGAUCAAGAAACUGAAUGCUGAAACAGCAGCAAUAAAAAGUGAACUCACCAAGUUGGAAGAAACCCUCAUGGACUACACCAGAUACAAGGAUCUUCUGUUCAAGCUGUCUCCUCCAGAGUGGCAGGAGGCCCAGAGAGCGAAAGCCAUGAAAGCAAAACCCCCCUCUGACAAAGAAGCACAGGAUGAGCACAGCAGGGAGCCUGAGGAGGCGGCUGCUGCAGGUGGGUCGGCGAUGACAGCGUCUGAACCGGACAGAGAGACUACUCCCCUUGAAAGCUCAGACUAUGAGGAUGAGCCGGAGCUGUACUUUACGGAGCCCCAGCAGCUUCUUGACCUGGUGACAGAGCUGAGAGAGCAGAACCUGUCCCUCAUUCAGAACUCCACACGGGGGGAGGAGACUGUGGAGGAGCUGCGACAGGUCAUGGAGACAACCAGGGAGAAGAUCGAAAAAGAUGAAGAGCACCUAGAGCUGCAGAUUAAUGACGUCAACCAGAGGAUCGACAAGGAGAAGGCGAAAUACAACAAGCUCAAACAGAAGGUUCAGCUGCAUCUCUCGCUGAACACAGAGGACCAGGACGCGAUGUUUGACGCGCUCAGUGACAAAGUGUCAGAGGUGCACAGCAGCUGCGUGGGUGACAGGAUGGCCAACCUCAACACCUUGGAGAAGUUGGCCAGCCUUGAAAGCCACAUGGUUUUACUGCUGCUGAGCCUUGAGAGCAUCCCGAAGGAAAUCCUGGAGAUGAUGAGGAAGAUCAAGGACAGCGAGAGGAGGACCAGAGAACGUGAAGAAAAGCUGAGAGAGCAGCAAGAGAAACAGAAGGACAGAAUGAGGAGAUACUUGGAGAGAUCUCUUACUGACUCCAAGAGAACAUGCGGAAAGAAGCUUAUGCCCAGGUGCAUGCCUGUGGUCCAGAAAGUCAAGGUCGUUAAGAAGGACAACGCCCCUGCUCAGGACGAGAUUCAUGCCUACCUCUUCACCAGUGAUGAGACAGACUCGUGAUUUAUAGAAGGGAAAUAAUGCACAGAUCAUUGUGAUAAAAAAUUGAAGUCAUGCUUGUUAUGUUUGUCAAUAGUUGGCAGUAAAUAAAUAAAGCAAGCAAAUGUCAA